AUGGAGAAUACAUACCAAAUCAUGGAGGCAAAAGAAAGCGUGGCUAAGGUAUGGUACCCUAGAAUACGUUUCCACACGGACCUUGUGGAUGCCCACCUCUACUGUUUAAAAAAAUACGUCGUGGAUUUCCUAAUGGAAAAUGGGUCAAUCACUUCUAUCCGGAGUGAACUGAUUCCGUAUCUAGUGAGAAAACAGUUUUCCUCAGCUUCCUCACAACAGGGACAAGAAGAAAAAGAAGAGGAUCUAAAGAAAAAGGAGCUGAAGUCCUUAGAUAUUUACAGUUUUAUAAAAGAAGCCAAUACACUGAACCUGGCUCCCUAUGAUGCCUGCUGGAAUGCCUGUCGAGGAGACAGGUGGGAAGACUUGUCCAGAUCACAGGUGCGCUGCUAUGUCCACAUCAUGAAAGAGGGGCUCUGCUCUCGAGUGAGCACACUGGGACUCUACAUGGAAGCAAACAGACAGGUGCCCAAAUUGCUGUCUGCUCUCUGUCCAGAAGAACCACUGGUCCAUUCAUCAGCCCAGAUUGUCAGCAAACACCUGGUUGGAGUUGACAGCCUCAUCGGGCCAGAGACACAGAUUGGAGAGAAGUCAUCCAUUAAGCGCUCAGUCAUUGGUUCAUCCUGUCUCAUAAAAGAUAGAGUGACUAUUACCAAUUGCCUUCUCAUGAACUCAGUCACUGUGGAGGAAGGAAGCAACAUCCAAGGCAGUGUCAUCUGCAACAAUGCUGUGAUCGAGAAGGGUGCAGACAUCAAGGACUGCUUGAUUGGAAGUGGCCAGAGGAUUGAAGCCAAAGCUAAACGAGUGAACGAGGUGAUCGUGGGGAGUGACCAGCUCAUGGAGAUCUGAGUUCUCAGCAAGUCAGACUCCUUCCUUUUGGCCUCCAAAACCACAGAUGUUGACUGGCCCACAUGUUUCACGCUGUAUUUAUUUCCCAAUAAAGAAGGGCUUCCAAAGGCAUGCUGGAGACUUGUGGAGCAGUCCCAAGCUCCGCGUCAGGUGGACCCUGGGUGUACACAGUG